UGGGGUGGGAACACCAUUGGCCAAAGGGAACAGAAUGAAUCGCUACUUCCUGCCACGAGCAUUAAGAGAUUACCAGUGCUCUUGCUGCUGAAAAUCUCUCAAGUUUUUCAAGGCUUUAAACCUAUAUGUAUAUAGGUUUAAUCUAAAGGCAAACAACAUAGAAGACCAUACUGCAUCCAUGUUUGGGAAGAGGUAGUUACUGCAGUCAGAGGGGAGAAAACACCGACAGCGAAAGAAAAAGAUGAGUGCAUUAAAGCCAAGUGGGCUUAAGGCUCCCACCAAGAUCAGCAAGCCUGGGAUUACGUUACCGAAAUCAGCUGCAUCUGUCAGUGCUGUCCCUUCAGAAAAGGCAGCAGCCAGCGAGAAAACAACAAGUGCUCCCACCUCAGAUGUCCCGGACGAGUUUGUGGAUGACUUCCGAAUUGGAGAGCGUGUUUGGGUCAAUGGAAAUAAGCCUGGCUUUAUUCAGUUCCUGGGAGAGACACAGUUUGCUCCAGGACAGUGGGCAGGGAUUGUAUUGGAUGAACCAAUAGGCAAGAACGAUGGCUCCGUGGCUGGAGUUCGCUAUUUCCAAUGUGAGCCAUUAAGGGGAAUCUUCACAAGACCGUCCAAGCUAACGAGAAAAGUGGUGGCAGAGGAUGAAGCCAACGGUACGCAGGCAUCCCAUGCUUCUAGAGCCACUUCACCGACCUCUGUGUCAGCUGCUAGCCUCGUGUCUUCACCUUCAGUGGCAGCUCAUCUCCCCCCCACAGGUAUUCCUCACAAGGCAUCUCCUCCUGCUGCUAAGGAACACCAGGUUUCUCAAAUUAGUAAUCUUUCAAAAACGGCAAGUGAAUCUAUAUCUAAUCUUUCUGAAGCUGGCUCACUGAAGAAAGGAGAACGAGAGCUCAAAAUUGGAGACAGGGUUUUGGUUGGUGGUACAAAAGCUGGAGUCGUGCGCUUCCUGGGGGAGACUGACUUUGCUAAGGGAGAAUGGUGUGGAGUUGAAUUAGAUGAACCUCUGGGAAAGAAUGACGGAGCAGUGGCUGGAACCAGGUAUUUCCAGUGCCAACCCAAAUAUGGCUUGUUUGCCCCCGUCCAUAAAGUUACCAAGAUUGGCUUCCCAUCCACAACGCCAGCAAAAGCGAAGGCAGCGGUCAGAAAAAUCAUUGCAACUCCCACGAGCUUGAAACGCAGCCCAAGUGCCUCUUCCCUCAGCUCUCUGAGUUCGGUGGCUUCAUCUGUAAGCAGCAAGCCAAGCCGUACAGGACUAUUGACAGAAACAUCUUCCCGGUAUGCGAGAAAGAUUUCCGGCACCACUGCUUUGCAGGAGGCACUGAAGGAGAAGCAGCAGCACAUAGAGCAGCUCUUGGCCGAGAGGGACCUGGAAAGAGCUGAGGUGGCCAAGGCUACCAGUCACGUUGGGGAAAUAGAACAGCAGCUGGCAUUGGCACGAGAUGGGCAUGACCAGCGUAUUCUAGAAAUGGAAGCGAAGAUGGACCAGUUGCGGGCCUUGGUUGAAGCUGCUGAUAGAGAGAAAGUAGAACUGCUUAACCAGUUGGAGGAGGAGAGAAGGAAAGUUGAAGACCUCCAGUUCCGAGUAGAAGAAGAGUCCAUUACCAAAGGCGACUUAGAGCGAAAGAGGCAGAUUUCUGAAGAACCUGAAAAUACGCAGACCAAACUGGAGCAUGCCCGCAUUAAGGAGCUUGAACAGAGCCUGCUCUUUGAAAAGACCAAAGCUGACAAACUCCAGAGGGAGUUAGAAGACACUAGGGUGGCCACUGUAUCUGAAAAAUCUCGAAUCAUGGAACUGGAAAGAGACCUGGUACGGAGGGAAAAAGAAGCACUGGAGCUGCGAGCCAGAUUAGAGUCCAGUAAACCAGUCAGUAAUGUGGACACCUCUCUCUCACUGUUGCAAGAAAUCAGCACUCUGCAAGAAAAACUGGCAUUGUUAAGUAAGGAACAUGAAGAUGAGAUGAAGUCACUGAAGGAGAAGCUUGGGAUCAGUGGAGAGUCAUAUCAGAAGGAAAUCAAAACCUUAUUGGCAUCAAAUGAGAAAAUGGCAAAGGAGAAUGAAUCAUUGAGAUCAAAACUGGAUUCUGUGAACAAGAAGAACUUGGAGAUGAUUGAGCAAUGGAAAUCUGAGCUACAGUCUGCUGCAGUUUCACACCAGCAAGCAAUGGAAGAGAUGAAGACCUCUUUCAGCAAGGGGGUUGGGGCUCAGAUGGCUGAAUUUGCAGAGCUCAAGACCCAGAUUGAGAAGAUGAGGGUGGAGCAUCAGAACGAAACAUCAAACCUGAAACUAAAGCAAGAAAAUGAGAGGUUACAUCACCAUAAGGAGGUAGAAGCUCUGAAAUCGAAGUUGCUGGAAGUCACUGAGGAGAAGGAGAGAAGCUUGGAAACCUUGAAGACCAAACUGGAAAGUGCUGAGGAUCAACAUCUAGUGGAAAUGGAAGACACUUUAAACAAGCUGCAGGAAGCUGAAAUAAAGGUAAAGGAGCUGGAGGGUGUCCAGGCCAAGUACAAUGAACAGGCCAAGUCAAUUGAUGAAUUCGAAGCAAAGAUGAAAGCUGCUGAAGCAAAGCUCUUGGAUCUUGAUGCCCUUAAGAAGGCUGGUUCAGAAGGUAAACUGGAGCUGGAGAAACUUAGCAAAGAGCUUGAGGCAGCUGAAAAAAAGAUUAAGAAUUUAGAGAACGAAAGGAAUAAUGAAAGUAGCCAGGCUGUUAAUCUGGUGAAGGAACUGGAAGGGAAAGAGCAAAAGCUCCUUGAGCUUGAGAAUAACAUGGGUGCUGUAAAUCAACUUAAAGACUCUUUGGAAAAGGAACUUCUGGAGUUGAAAGGAAAAUUUACUAAGGCUGCAGAUGAAGCAGAAAAUGUACAAAAAACUAUGCAAGAAACCAUUGAAAAACUAAACCAAAAAGAACAGCAAUUUGCACUCAUGUCAUCUGAACUAGAUCAACUAAGAGCUACAUUGACAACCAUGGAGAAGAAAUUGAAAGAGAGGGAAAGCAAAGAGCAGCAGCUGAUUGAGGCCAAAUCCAAACUUGAAAAUGAUAUAGAAGAAAUAAUGAAAUCCUCAGGAGAUAGUUCUUCACAGCUGAUGAAGAUGAAUGAAGAUCUGCGGUUAAAAGAAAAACAGCAAGAGGAGCUGCAACUUCAGCUGAGCAAGGCAAAUGAAAGAGCUGCUCAGCUGCAGGAGAACAUGAAGCAAGCAGCCAGUAAAGCUGAAGAGAAAGAGCAGGAUGCACAUAAAAACCAUCAGGCCGAACUGAAAAAGUUACAAGACAAGUUAAGCAGCCUGGAGAAGAAAAUUGCUGCCAGCCAAAAUCAGUAUAUGGACUUGCAAACAACACAUGAACAAAGGCAGUCUGAGAUGGCUGCCAAGCACGAUGCAGAUAUCAAAGAUUUUAAACAACGCCUUGAGGAUACAGAGCAGUGCUUGGCAGAGGCUCAAAAAACAAACAGCGAUUUGAAAAAACAGGUGGAGGAGUUAAAAAAGGAAGCCGAGCAUGCCAAGUCCUUAACCUCUAUGUUAGCAACAGCCAGAAAAGAGCUUGAACUAAUGUCAGACAAGAUGAGGGCUUUGAUAUCAGAGAAAGAGACCCUGGCACAGGAGGGGAAUGCUUUAAAGUUAGAAAAAGGUUCCUUGUUAUCAAAACUUGUAGAGUUGGAGUCCAAAAUUGGGUUGUUAAAACAAGAUCAGGAAAAACUUUGGACAGUGAAUGAAGAACUUAAUUUAGAGAACAAAAAAAUCUUAAAGGAGAAACAAGAAUCAGAGAACAAAACUCAACAAGAAAAGGGAAAGAACGAUAAGCUACUUUCUGAGAAAGGAAAGUUGCUCUUGGAAAUAGAGGCAGCCCAAGAUGAUCUCCUUAAGAUAACGAGAGAGAAUGAUGCUUUACGAACUUCAAAGGCAACUCUUCUGCAUCAGAUGAAUGAGCUCCAGACCCAUAACAGUGCCUUGGCUCAGGAAUGUCAGAAGCUUGUCAGCCAAAGGGAAGAACUGGAAGACUGUCAGAAAAAGCUCUCAGAGGAAAAUGCUGCCCUUCUCAAAGACAAGGACGAUGUCAUUCAGAAGCUGAAGAAUUCUUACGACGACAUGGCCAGAGACCAAAAGGAGCUCCUCCAGGAAAUCGCAACCCUGGCUGCCGAGAGGGACUCGCUCUUAGCAGAGCACCAGAGUCUAGAAAACAAAGAUGUGGCCUUGAAAAGGGAAAGGGAUGGCCUCUUGCAGGCUACCCAGGAUCUCCAGCUGGACAAGGAAGCCCUCCUGAAAAGUCAAGAGGAGCUGCGUAAAAGUUUGGAGCAGGCUCUGGACGAAAAACUGAAGCUUGGCGUGAAAGCAGAAGGCCUGCGGGCUGACCUGGAAGGGGCAAAUAAAGAGCUUAAGAAGGUCACCAAAGACAACGUACAGUUGCAGGGGUCUCAUUCUAGUCUUUCAAAGUUGCUGGAAGAGAUUAAGGCCAGUAGGGAGACAACCGACUCGGAGUGUAUCCAGCUAUUGCAAGAGAAGGAAGCCUUGGUUUCAUCCGAAAGGAGGCUUUUGGAUGAGAGAGAAGAACUUCUGACUGAAAACAAAGUGAUUUCGGAAAAGCUGGCUAAAACCUCUGAAGGUUCAGCCCUUCUUGAGAAGGCGUUGAAUGAGAAGCUAAGCCAGGUGAGCACAGAGAAGGAAUUAGCUUAUCAGAAACACACAAAGCUUAAGAAGCAGAAUGAGAGCCUUGCAAAGGAAAAGGCCACACUGGAAGUGAAAUGUGCAGAGCUCCUAGCAGAGAAGCAGUCUGCUGCCAAAGCCCUGUGUGACUUGAAGAGGAAGCACGAGCUGGACAUCUCUGCAAAGCGAAUGCUGACUCAAGAGAAAGCCAAGCUCCAAGGCAGUGUUGAAACUCUAAAGCGAGAGCUUGACCAGAAAGUAGAAGAAAACCAAGAGUUAGUCAGUUACAAAUGUGAACUGUCUGCAGUCUUGAAAGAGGCUCAGAGUGCCAAAACUGCACUAGAAAACGAAUAUUCUGCUCUGCUUCAUGCCAAGCAGCUGCUGGCAGCUUCGCUUAAGAGCAGCUGUUCGGAAAAGGAGCUUUUGAACAAAGAGAAGACUCAACUGCAAGAAGAGUACCAAAAAUUAAGCAAACAGCUCAAAAAUGUUCAGGACAGCCUAACAAUCGAACAAGAAGGUAGGAAGCUGGAGAAAGAGUCUUUUCUGGUGGAGAACACGAAGCUUAAUAACAGUGUCAGUUUCUUAGAGAGGGAAAAGGAACAGUUGAUGUCUAAGAACAGAGAGUUGCUGGCUGACAGGGAACAACUGAAACAACAGAAGUUAAAAUCUGAAUCCAAACUAGAGGAGAUCAUGAAAGAAAAGGAGAUCCUUAGUGUUGAAACAGAUCAACUUGCAUCCAACAUUGAAAAGCUCAAGAACGAGUUUGCAGCGCUGACAAAAUCAAAGGCGGAACUCCAGGAACUGCACAGUUGUCUGUCUAAGAUCCUAGAAGAUCUCCGCUCCAGCCACGAAACCUCAGAACUGGAGCGCACAAAGCUUCUUCAGGAGAAUGAGAUUCUGCUUUCAGAGCAGAAGAAUCUGGUCUCAAUAAAGGAAGAGAUCUUGAAAGAAAAGGAAAAGUUUUCUGAAGACUACUAUAAACUGCAUGAGGAAGUAACGCUGUUAGCCCAGGCUAACAGUGAAAUGUCAGCCAGCCUCCUGGCGUCUCAGGACAAAAACCUGAAACUGCAGAAGGAAAAGGAUGCGCUUGUCUUGAAACUGAAAGAAAUCGAGAGUCUCCAGGCACUUGCGGUAACACAGAGAUCUGAGACCACAAAAACAGCCGAAGAUGCUUUGCAGAUCGUUGAGCAGGUGACCAAAGAGAAGGACGACCUUCAGAAAGAGAAGAGGGAGGCUCUGACUUCUCUGGAGGAUUCUAGACGAGCCAAUCAGAAGCUGCAGAAGGAGUUGGAUACCCUUAAGCAGAACAGCCUUAAGAACAAAGAGGAGCUGAGCAAAUCAAAGGAGCUCCGGGAUACAGAAGGGAAGAAAAUGGAAGAAAUGAGAAGAGAACUAGAAGAGCUGAAGCUGGCAGAGGCUGAGAAGUCCCAGCAGCUUGCAGCCUUGCAAGAAGAGAACGUUAAACUUGCUGGGGAGCUAGGAAAAGGUGAAGUCACAAGCCAUCAGAAGCUGGAAGAAGAGAGAUCCGUCCUCAAUAACCAGUUGUUAGAGAUGAAAAAGAGAGAAUCCGAGUUAAAAAAAGAAAUUGAUGAUGAGAGAACUUCUUUACAGAAAUCCAUCAGUAUUACUAGUGCCUUGAUCACAGAGAGAGAUGAAGAGCUGGAAAAACUCAGAAAUGAGGUCACAGUACUUCGUGGAGAAAAUGCCACUGCGAGGAGUUUGCAUUCUGUAGUUCAGUCGUUGGAGUCUGAUAAGUUGAAACUUGAGCUAAAAGUAAAGAAUCUGGAGCAGAAGCUCAGAGAGAGCCAGACUCUGCCUCCCAGCUCUUCAGCAGACGUAGCUGGUGGCACCAUCCAGGAUGAAAAUGCCCAGGAAAGCCAGAUCGACUUCCUUAAUUCUGUAAUAGUAGACCUUCAAAGGAAAAAUGAAGAACUGAAAUUGAAAGUGGAAAUGAUGUCUGAAGCUGCUCUCAAUGGCAAUGAGGAAGAAGUUAUUAACUACGACAGUGAGGAAGAAAACCAUGCUAAGAAAAAGCCUCGCCUUUUCUGUGACAUUUGCGACUGUUUCGAUCUUCAUGACACCGAAGAUUGUCCAACACAAGCACAGGCACCGGAUGAGCCUCCACAUUCAACUUACCAUGGCAGCCGAAAAGAAGAGCGCCCCUAUUGUGAAAUCUGCGAGGUAUUUGGGCACUGGACGACAAAUUGCAAUGACGACGAGACCUUCUGAUGCAGCAGAGGACCAGGGGAAGCAAGGCUGGUUCUCUGCACGUUUGUCAGCAUCCACCACCAGCAUUCAAGGGUGCUGGCUUCCAAGAAAAAUAGGGCAGCAGCCCUUACCCCAACCUCUUUAUAACCAACCAACUUAACAGAAAUAUUUUCAUCGACAAUUACAAAAUAUUUUUAUUCUGCCUUUUUGAAUAAAUAAUUUUAUUAGGCAGGUUUCUUUCCCACCUCUUGGGUUUGCAUCUUUUUGGAAGGGGAAGCUUCCCUUUCACAACAUUUGCUUACAGGAAACGAGAACACUUGGUUUCAACUUAUUUAAAGACCUUUAAAAAUUAUGCAGUUUAUUUUCAUAUUUGCACUAAGCUCUUAAAACUGCGUUUGUAUGUUUUUUAGAUUUUUGUAAGGCUUUUGACACUGGAAUUGGUUGACAAAGGGGCUCUUUUUUAAUUUUCAUCCGCUCAGUUAUCUCUUGAUCAAAGAAUUUGUAAACUCUGGUGCGCUACCUAGAGAUCUGUAGUGCCUUUUUCAGCAAGAUUUCUUAACAGUGUGAAAUAUUGUUUAAGCAAAAUGUCAUGAAACAGGUAAGCAUACAUGCUACUGUUGGGAGACUUUUUUAUACAGAAACUUCUAUGCUGUGCACAUUGAUGGAAAAUCCCUUUUCAGGUUCUUCUUUCUGCUCCUGUAAAGUUGUACAUACAAAUAUAUAUAAGAAAAGGAUUAUAUUUUGGAAAACUUUCCUAUUGUCCUCAGUGUUUCGAUUCAUCUGAAUGGACCUCUUUGUGCACACCACAGUAACUUUAUUUAAUGACUUAGCCUCAAUCUUGGGAGAUUUUUUUAUUGGCUUCCUGAGUGUGUGUGGGUGUGUAUGAGUGUGAUUAAUAAAAAAAAUCUUCCAGCAAAUAUGUAUCCUGUAACAGGUUUUUAUUAAAAGUCCAUUCAGAAAUCAAGUCUUCUUUGAUGAAUAAUUUAUUUAUUUCCCCACCCUUUUCUGGGUCUGAAUUUUGUUUCAGAUGAAUGUAAAACAGAAAAUUCAGUAUUGAGUAAAUCUUGAAUUUUUUAAGAGACUAUAACUUCACAAGAAAAAAACUAAUGGAACACAUGGUUAUGGGUGGAGUGCUGCCUUGCCGACUGUAAAAUAUAUGUAGUUCCUGAUGAGAUUACUCUGUCAUGGAGUUGCUAUGUGUGCUACUUAACAUGAGUAAAGGUGAUACCACAUAAGUUGGUUUUAAAUCUCUUUUUGAAUGUCUCAAAGCAUAAAUGUAAAAAAAGAUAAGCUAUCUCUAUUGCUCUCUGUACAUUAUAGAGAAUUUAACUCUUGUAUAACUGCGUGUAUAUAGAUAAAUAUAUAUAUAUAUAUAUAUGUAUAUGCCUUUGGUGUAUUUUUUCUCCAGAUUACAGACAAUAUUUGGCACAUGAGUAUGAGGUCAAUCUUAUGUGAUUUGUUUGAAAUUUGGAGUAAUGAAUGUAUUAUGGUGAUAGAAACAGCAGGGAAAUCAGUAUUAAACUUAAUCCGUGUGUACUGUAUCUUUAAUAAAAUGGUUAUUCUCUUG